UUUUGGCUUUAGAUGUAGUUAUUAUAGUGUCAGGGGGAAACAAAUGCAGAUGUUGGACCAUGUCAGAAAUCUUGUCAAUGGCCUGGAUUGUCUCCCACAGAGUUGAGAUAUGGCUUCUGAUCCUCGUGGCGUAUUUGCUUCAAAGAAAUGUGAAUUCAGGACAUUUGCCGACUAAAGCUGUGGACCCUGAAGCAUUCAUGAAUAUUAGUGAAAUCAUCCAGCAUAAAGGUUAUCCCUGUGAAGAGUAUGAAGUUACCACUGAAGAUGGGUAUAUCCUUUCUGUUAACAGAAUUCCUCGAGGCCUAGCACAACCGAAGAAGAAAGGGUCCAGGCCAGUGGUGCUUCUGCAGCAUGGUCUACUUGGCGAUGCCAGCAACUGGAUUUCCAACCUUCCCAACAACAGCCUGGGCUUCAUCCUGGCAGAUGCUGGCUUUGAUGUGUGGCUGGGGAACAGCAGGGGAAACACCUGGUCUCGGAAGCACAAGACCCUCUCUGUAGACCAAGAUGAGUUCUGGGCCUUCAGUUAUGAUGAGAUGGCUAGGUUUGACCUUCCUGCAGUGAUAAACUUUAUUUUGCAGAAAACAGAUCAGGAAAAGAUCUAUUAUGUCGGUUAUUCGCAGGGCACCACCAUGGGCUUUAUUGCAUUUUCCACAAUGCCAGAGCUGGCUCAAAAAAUCAAAAUGUAUUUUGCUUUGGCCCCUAUAGCCACUGUUAAAUAUGCAAAAAGCCCUGGAACCAAAUUUUUGCUGCUGCCAGACAUGAUGAUCAAGGGAUUAUUUGGCAGGAAAGAAUUUCUAUACCAGACCCGAUUUUUCAGGCAAUAUGUUAUUUACCUUUGUGGCCAGAUGAUUCUUGAUCAAAUUUGUAGCAAUAUCAUCUUACUUAUGGGAGGCUUUAACACGAACAAUAUGAACAUGAGCCGAGCAAAUGUGUACGUUGCCCAUUCUCCUGCCGGCACAUCUGUGCAGAACAUUCUACAUUGGAGCCAGGCAGUGAAUUCUGGGGAACUCCGAGCGUUUGACUGGGGAAGUGAAACCAAGAAUCUGGAGAAAGGCAAUCACCCAACUCCUUUAAGGUACAAUGUGCGAGAUAUGACAGUCCCGACGGCGAUGUGGUCAGGAGGUCAGGAUUGGCUUUCAAAUCCAGAAGAUGUGAAAACAUUGCUCUCUGAGGUGACCAACCUCAUCUAUCACAAGAACAUUCCUGAGUGGGCUCACGUGGACUUCAUCUGGGGGCUGGAUGCCCCCCACCGCAUGUACAAUGAAAUCAUUCAUCUGAUGAAGCAGGAGGAGCCCGACCUGCCCCAGGGAACCUGCAAGGUCUCACUGUCAAACUUCUGAUACUCACAAGGCUUGGGAACUUCCUUAUG